UUUUCGACUUAGCAGAUUGCGGUCACGCGUGCCAAGCGCUAACGGUAAAGGUGAACUUUGAAGCUUUGUGCUUCUAACUCGUUGACUUUUCGUGCGUAUUCGUGCAAUAGCGAUGACAAACCAACUUACAUACACACAUACAUAUGUAAAUAUAUGAGUUAGAGGAGCGUUGGUGAAAAUAAAUGGAAAUAAAUGAAAACGAAUGUGUUUAGUAGUUGUUGUUGUUGUAUUCUCUAGUGGUAACGACAACAAAAGGGUAUAUUGUGCGUGCGCCACAGCAAAAGUUUUCAUGUCAGUGGAUUUAAUAAGAAAUUUAGAAAAAAUUCAAAAAAAUUUUACAACAACAGCAAAACGACGAAUGUAAAAAUAAAGUAAAAUAGGCAAAAAAAUACAACGAAUUCGCGUGCUGUGUGUAAAACCAUAAAAAGUGAAUCCGACUACAACAAAAACAAAAAGCAAAAUUUUACAACUAUUUUGUAGCAUUAAUUCAUUAGGGAUGUACAAACAACAGCAAUUUAGUUUGUAAGCGGCAAGUAAGUUGUUGCGUGCGAAAAAGCUUCCCCAAAUUAUUUAUGUUUGUGGCAACAACAACAACAAUCUGUAUAUGCACUGACUUUUACGUGGAAUUUCAAGUGCGACAAAAGCAGACAGACAAGUGAGCGACGACAAAACAGUUAACGGAGUGAAUUAUAUUGAAGUGCAAGUCAAGCGCAGUGGCAGCAGUUAACUGUAAAAGUGUUCAUUGUGCGCAAGAAAAAUAAGAAUUAUUAGAGAAACGAAGCGAAGAAGGCAAUCAGCGGCAGCAGCAGCGCAUUAAGUGAAUAGGAGUGCGCCUAAAAGCCCAUUAGGCGCACAUAGUACAUGUGCAGAGUGCGAGAACAUUAGCCGAAAGCGUAAAUACAAGAAAAAAUACAAUAACAACAAAAGCAUAACAACUAACGAAACGAAGAAUCAGCCGUGUCGAACAAAAAAUAUAAAAAAACCGAAAUAAAUUUGGUUGGUGUGAAAAAGGUGUUGCCACAUCUCAAGCAGUGCGCGUACACCAAGUUGGUUAAGUGACUGUUGAGCGCCACAACAACAACAGCUACAAAUUGCACAGCACGGCGCAGCUAGCUUGCUGCGGAGGCAAUGGCGCACAGCUUGUGGCGGUCAGCGCCUGACACAUCAUUAUAAGCACAUCAGCAGCACGUGUGAGCACACACACAAGCGCACGCUCGCACAAACACUCACACACAUAUACGUUUACAAAAAUAUCACGCGCGCUUGUAUUGUGCUUUCGAUUUCGUAUGCGCGCUGGUGCGUGCGCGUCACUGUAACCACUCCAGCCGUUGUGCUUUUAACAACAAAAACACUUUCGUAUAAUUUCACGUUAUAUCUGUGCGCGCCACGACCGCAACGUGUCCGCCGUGUCACUGUGCGACGACUGUGUGUGAGCGCGUGCAUGCGUGCGUCAGUCAUUUGCAGCCGCAACGUCCGGCAUUAGAGUACCGCGUGUGCGUCAACGGCAACCGCAACGCAUUACCGCCACCCCACACACGCACAUUCACAAUCCAAAAUAGGUGUGGCAGCGCUCAUCAAGUGCUCAAAACAAUGCUAACCUGCGUGUGUCGUCCCGUCUCCGGUAAUUUGCCGAAAAUGCCGCCGACAAUGAUGCCCGCACCGAAGCCGCCACGCAACGCCAUCGCCAUUACCGGCCUGGGUGUGACGCCCACUGUGGUGGUGACAGCGGAACCCAAAAUGAACGUGCCUGGCAGGCUGACAUCAGCCGAAUUACGGGCGAUGGCAUUGCGACAACAACAGCAAAUCGACUCGCAACACCAGCUGUUGGCCACCAAGGAGCAGCGCUUGCGUUUCCUCAAAUCGCAGGAGGUGCGGAAUGCGGUCGCCAGCGCCGAAGGUGAGCGCCUGCGACGUUUGCGGGAGCGCGUCGAGGCGCAGGAAUCCAAAUUGCGGCGACUGAGAGCGCUGCGAGGUCAAGUGGACUUACAGAAGACUUACAAUGUUACGCUGAGCAACGAUCUGGACUCAAUUCGUGCGCUCUUCAGCGAGAAGGAGAAAGAGCUUAGUUUGGCGGUGGCGAAAGUGGAAGCGCUCACACGACAGCUAGAAGAUUUACGACGCGAUCGACGCUGCCCCAUAAACCUGCUAUCAAACGGCAAUAAUAAUGGCAACGCGCAACCGCUGCCACCACAAGCAUCACGGGAACUCGAAAAGCUGCGACGAGAGUUGGUGUAUCGCAAUCAAUUGUCGCUGCAGCAGGAUGCGCGCCUGCAUCUACAGCGCGAGGCGCUGCAACAACGACAAGCUGAAUUGCGCUCCGUUGACCAGCGCAUCUAUGAGCUACAGACGCGCCUGCAACGCAAGAAGGCCGCCAAUAUACAAAACAACACGCAAAAUCAAAAUCAACUGCAUAUACCACCGCAUGAGCUGCAUCAACAGCAGCAGCACCAGCAACAGCAGCAACAACAAAAACAUCAGCCGCUUCAACAAAGCGCGUCACAGCAACAGUCACAGCCAUCGCCGACGCAGGCAUACAGCAAACCGCACAUCAAUGUUGCCUACAACCAACAGCAGCAGAGCGCGCACCAUCACAAACCAAGCGGUGUGGCAGCGCUCAAGCAGCAGUUGCUGCAAAAGCAAGCGAACAAUCUGUUGACCACAACGCAGCAACAGCAGAACGCCUCGAAAUUCCCGAAUAUCAUCACACGCGAGCAGAAUCGAAACAUACCGCGCGGCAAUGUCGCCGCGGUGGAGCCAUACAUACACACGCCGCACAAGACGGCUGGCGGUGCCUACUUGGGCGCGGGUAAUAUACUAAAGCACGCCGCGGCAACGGCCAAUACGAAUCAGCAAAAUCAGCUGAUACAGGAUUUGACACACAUGAAGCACAACAUAACUGCCGCCACGCACAGUCCACAAGGCGGCGCGCCUCACAAUGGCACAAACACCGCAAACGCGCAAACAUUCUUCAGCGGCGAGAGCGACGAAUCAAAGUUGGCGAAGAAAAUGCUGACAGCGUCUUUGGCUGCCGCCAAGGCCGCGGAACCAACGAAACCCGUAGAGGUGGACACAUCGAUGCACAUCUACGCCGAGGUGGGUCCGAAGAAGCGGGAUCUGCAGAAAGCAGCAGAGACGGCCAAAGCGGCGGAAGCUGCCGCGCGUGCUGCGGAAGCGGCAGCGAUUGCUUCAACAAGCGGAAAUGGCGCCGCCACCACCACUGCCAUUACAACCACCGGCAGUAAAAUACCGAAAAGCAUCAGUUCCUCCACCUCAGCGACCGUUUUGAUUAGCAAACUGAAUAGCGCAACUGCAGCCUCCAGGGACGCGCGCACCGAAUUGGAACGAAGAUGCGAAGGUGCGGCGAGCGAAGCACUAACCGAGAAACACAGUCAGCAACAGCAACAGUUGACUGUGCAUAGCAUGCCGCUGGGCGCUGCCAAUAAGUCGCUUGCCACUGCUGUGGCGCACACGAGUGCAACAACGUCUAUAACAACAACGAACACAGCAAGUGCUGAAGGCGCGCAUACGAAGCCGAAACCACUGCAAGCGCAUACAGCCAGCGGUCUGGCAAUACCGCCGCGUAAGCCAAUUAGCAGCGUGGCGCCCACAUCGGUGACUAGCUCCAUACCGAAAAUGGUGCCCAUUAGUCCUAAGGUGAAUCGCGUUGCGCCCAAUGUCGUGGCAGCCACCUCGACUGCAACAAUAAGUGCAGCGGCGGCAGCAGCAAACGCCGCAUACCCAGAUCGGCCGGCGCUGCCUCCAAAACCAAGCAAAAUGUCGCCCACAGAGCACGCGAGUGAACACAAUGCAAGCGCUGCGUCAAAUGCGCAAGCUACAACAACGCCAGCAACAUCAAUGCUGAAAAAGCCCGCCGUACACGCCGCGUCAAUAGCAACAGCCGCGGCAAGUGAAUUGCAACAAGCCACGCAGGGCCUGCAAACGCUCAAUAUAAAUGAUAAUCUGCCGAUUAAGGCGAAACCGCUGACAAUACGCAAGCAACCCAUGUGCGAGCAACCGCGCCUCAAGCUGAGCAGCAAUGUGCCCAAGCCACCGUUGCAAACCGCGCGCAAAAUGGAUAUGCCAGCCGCAUCAUCGUUCCUCUACCCCGCGGAUGGUAGUCAACGCGGCGAACGCGGCAAAGAUGCGCAAGAUAACAGUAAUAACAACAAUAAUGGUAAUCGCUCAACUGUCUCAGGCAGCAUCACUUCAUCGGCCGCCUCGUCGCCGGAACAGCUGCCGCAGUAUUCGCUGCCACAAGUGCCGCCGCCAGCAACCAGUGCGCCAACGACACAGUCACAGCAUUCGCCAAACAGCAAUUCGCAGACGAGCUCCAGCUUAGACGAGCUGGAUAAGAUUGAGCACCACAGCGAGGGCGUGAGCGGCAUUGAAUCCACCACCGAUGCAAAUGGUAUGAAGCGACGCGCCUUAUCCACCGGUAGCGCACCAACAUCUUCUUCACUAUCAUCUGCGUCCACCGGCAAUGGCAAACCAAAAUUGGCGCGUCGUGUGAGCUUCGAUCCGCUCGCCUUACUGCUGGACGCCAGUCUCGAGGGUGAACUGGAACUGGUGAAGAAGACCGCAAUGCAAGUGGCGAAUCCCAGCGCGGCCAAUGAUGAAGGCAUCACCGCACUGCACAACGCCAUCUGCGCGGGUCACUUCGACAUAGUCAAAUUUCUCGUUGAAUUUGGCUGCGAUGUCAACGCACAAGAUUCCGAUGGCUGGACGCCAUUACAUUGCGCCGCCAGCUGUAACAACUUAUCUAUGGUGAAAUUCUUGGUCGAAAAUGGCGCUUGUCUAUUCGCCUCGACGCUGUCGGAUCAUGAAACACCGGCGGAGAAAUGCGAAGAAGAUGAGGAGGGUUUCGAUGGCUGCUCUGAGUAUUUAUACAGUAUUCAAGAGAAACUCGGUAUACUUCAUAAUGGCGAAGUGUAUGCGGUAUUCUCGUAUGAUGCUCAAAAUAGCGACGAACUAACAUUUCAAGUCAACGAUCGUCUGAUUAUUCUGCGUAAGGGCGACGAUGCCGAAAGUGAAUGGUGGUGGGCCAAGAAUGCGAGCGAUGAGGAGGGUUAUGUGCCCAGAAAUCUGUUGGGGCUCUAUCCCAGAGUGCCACCGCAGACAUCCAACUUCAACGAUUAGCAGUUAAUACGAUUUUAUAUAUGCAAAAAGAAAUCGGGUCGUCUAAUACAAAAACACUACAUUUCCAAAUACUUGUAAUAGUUGGCAAGACAUAACGGAGAUCAUGUGAAGAAGAAGACUACAAACACACAUGCGCCCUGUGGUGUGGAAUGCAAAUCAAAAUAAUGCACACGCUGCCGCAUAACGGUCGUUAGUAGUUUACAAACUAUUUUUAAUACGAUUACUUAUUAUUUUAUAAAUUUAAUAUUAACUUUGGCUAAUUUUACGCAUUAAUUUCAUAAGUUCUGUUUCUAAUUUAAUGUUAUGACAGCGUUUCCCUGGCUGUCGCUUGCAAGUGUCCAUAGAAUGUGCAACAUUGAUAUUUAAGCGUUUUCGAAGGUUUUCUACAUAAGUCCUAAAUAUGUAUAUAGAUU